AUGGCAAGUUUUUGGGAAAAGAUUACGGUGGACGGACAGCAAAUGGAUAUGUACGCGGCGGUGCCCUCCAGCAGCGCCGGCUUUUCCGCUCCCUAUCCUGCAGUGGUGGUGGCGCAGCACGCCACCGGCGUGGACGCGUUCAUACAGGACAUCUGCGACCGGUUGGCGGCGGACGGUUACGCCGCGGUAGCGCCCAGCCUGUACCACCGGCACAACGAAGAAGCCAUCGCGGCGUCGGCCGCCGGGGGGCCGAGACCCAGCCCGGCGACGCUGCUCAGCGACCCGGACAUCGUUGCCGAUAUGAGCGCCGCCGUGGACUGGUUGCUGGGCCAUGACGCGAUACAGAGCGACCGUAUCGGGGUAACCGGGUUCUGCAUGGGCGGACGCGUCGCGUGGUUGGCGGCUGCUACCAACCCUAAUUUCAGAGCCGUGGUCCCGUAUUAUGGCGGCAACCUGAUGACCACCUGGGGCAGUGGUGAAACACCGCCCUUUGAUUCGGCAAACAGCAUCGACUGCCCCAUGCUGUUCCACUUUGGAGAGAUCGACGCCAACCCGUCGCAGGACGACAUGCGGAAGAUCGACGCCGAGCUGGACCGCCUGGGAAAGGCGCAUCAGUUCUUCACGUACGCGGGCGCCGACCACGCAUUCAUGAACCCGUCCGGCGGCAGAUACCACGAAGACGCGGCGGUUGCGUCCUGGCCCCGCACGCUGGAAUUUUUCCGGCAGCACCUGAAGGGUUAG